CUGUAGAUAGCUGGCUAGCUACCUGGAGAUCUCACGUGGAGGGUGACAGGACGCUGAUUUAUCAUCGCAGGUCGCAUUGGCGCAAGUCACUACAUGGAGGCGGGCACAAGGCGUUUCAUCACACGGCUCAAGUAAUGACGAUGAUCCCUCCAGACGGACCGCGAUUAAUAGAUUUGGCUUGAGGACGGGAGCUAUCCACGUGCGGCAGCUGUUGAACAUCGGACGCCGUUCCAUUGACGGAGUUCUGAAAUGUACGGAUUCAUAAAUCUCUGCGUGAGGGCGCUUGUUCUUGAAAAAUUUGGAGACGAGGCUUGGCACAAAAUAAGAGAGAGUGCUGGAGUUGAGGACAGCUUUAUAACACAUGGAUGUUACGAUGACACCACCACGCUACAACUCGUACAGGCGGCCAGUGAAGUCUCUGGUCUUAAGGUGCCCGUUAUCUUGGAGCUGUUUGGAGAGUUCUUCUUCAGCUUCUGCCAGCAGUCCGGCUACGACGAGAUGCUGCGGGCGCUCGGCGGCAACCUCAAGAGCUUCCUGGAGAACCUGGAUUCCCUGCACUCCUACCUCAGCUUCUCCUACGAGCAGAUGGAGGCGCCGUCCUUCAGGUGCGAGAGGCGGCAUAACGACAACGCGCUCAUACUACACUACUACUCCCACCGGAAAGGGUUGCACCCGAUCGUCGUCGGUAUCGUUCGAGCCGUGGCCAAGGAGUUCUUCGACAGCGAGCUCAAGAUGGAGGUGCUUGAGGAGACGCACGAGGAGGAGCGCAACGGCAAGAAAGAGCACGUGACCUUCGCCAUCUACCAGAGACGCAUCCGGAAAAUCGACGAAGGGCCGCCCAAGUUCGUCGCGCAGUCGCGCAAGCACAGCGAACAGCAGCUCAACAAGGAGUGGGUUGGCGAGCAGGCCGGCUCUCCCAUUAGCGAUGUUAGUCAGGAGUGGCAGCCAUUUUCCUGGGAUGUCCAAGCGGUGUUUCGCAACAUCGAGGAGCAGAAGGAAGCGGGCACCAACCACUUCUCCCCGCAGAAGAUCCACCAGUCACUGAUCUCCCUGGGCAACCUCUACGGCAGCUUCGUGCCGUCCUACCCGGAGAAGCUCUGGAUGACCCAGCAGAUCUUCUGCGAGUUCUUCCCCUACCACCUGGUCUUCGACAGCGAGCUGAAUGUCAUGCAGGCCGGGGUGCACAUCCAGCGGAUCAUGCCCAAGCUCCGGCGCAUGGAGAGCAACCCCGUCAGCUGGUUCUUCGACCUGAUCCACCCGCAGAUCGACUGGUGCAUCAAGAGCAUCCAGAAGUUCGAGAACAUGCAGUUUGUUUUGCAGACGAGGCGGGAUUCCAUAACGCAGGGGUGGGGUGACGACAAGCCCAUGCUGCAACUCCGAGGCCAGAUGGUGUGGAUGGAUUCACUAGACGCCAUGGUCUACAUCUGCUCGCCUCGCGUGGCCAGCCUCAAGGAGCUGGAGGCCCGCAACCUCCAUCUGUCCGACAUCCCCUUCCACGACGUCACCCGCGACCUGAUCCUGUUCAACCACCAGCGUCUGGCCGAGAUCGAGCUGGGUAAGCAACUUGAGCAAAAGAAGGAGGAGUUGAGGACGGCCCUGCAGGCCUUGGAGAGCGAGAAGCAGAAGACGGACAUGCUGCUGCACUCCAUGCUGCCCCGGCAGGUGGCUGAUCAGCUGCGGGACGGCAAGAGGGUAGAAGCUGGCGAGUACGAACUGGUGACCAUCUUAUUCAGCGAUAUAGUCUCCUUCACGAAUAUAUGUGCCGAGUGUAGGCCUAUCGACAUCGUCAACAUGCUGAAUGCACUGUACAUACGUUUUGAUAAACUGACGACAGUCCACGACGUUUAUAAGGUUGAAACUAUCGGCGAUGCGUAUAUGGUGGUCGGUGGUCUACCUAUACCUCUUACUACGCACGCAGAACGCGUGGCCAACAUGGCGCUGGGCAUGAUGGUGGCAUCCAGCGAAGUCAUAUCACCUGUGUCUCGGGAACCAAUUGGGAUACGAAUUGGUAUCCACUCGGGUCCGGCCGUAGCGGGGGUUGUCGGCGAGAAGAUGCCCCGGUAUUGCCUGUUCGGGGACACGGUCAACACGGCGUCCCGAAUGGAGAGCCACGGUGUCCCGUACAAGAUUCACAUCAGCUCAACCACUUACAGCUGUCUGGAGGAGCGAGCCUUCCGCUUUGAGAACCGGGGAGAGAUCGUCAUCAAGGGCAAAGGCCUGAUGAACACCUACUUCCUGGAGGGGAACGACAGCGCCACCAUAGAGGAGAUCCUGGGCACGUACAGAGAGAACGAGGCUGACUCCAGUAGAGGAUCGACCCCAGAGAAGACAGACAAGACGAAGACGCCCCCGGACACACCGCUCUUAACAGCCGGCAGAUACAUCGGAGUUGGCUUUGGGCCUAAAGUCAGCGACGAACUGAAAGUCGUUCCCAUGUACUACCCUGAUAACGACAAGAACCGCACUCCAUACAGAGUGCCCAAACCCUCGUCCACUGCCAAGACUUCAUCCGGGACCUCAGCUUCAAGUUCCAGUGAGCCAACGAGUGAGGAGAGACCCAAAUGUCCGGUGUACAGGGAGCUGUCACAGGCUAAAGGGAGAAGCCCAGUGGACAGUGAGGGCGCUAGAUCGUCACGCAGCGCAGGCGCAACGUCAAGCCCCAGGCGCAUGCGCAACCGCAUGUCGAAUCACAGGGAGUCCAAAACGUGCAUACUACUGUAGUCUUGUAUUAUAAUUUUGUAUAAAAAAAACUGUAAAAGAAAUACGAAAGAUCGUGCCAAAGUAUAUUUGUAUAUAUUUUGCCGUUAGCCUCGAAUUUUCAUGAGUAUUUAUUGAAAUAAGUAAACCAAAAAAAUGUGCCUAAUAAGGGAAACUGCUGAACAACUGCCCGGCUGUUAUUAUUUGACAUUAAAAUGUAAACAAAAUGUAGUUGUAGACCUUAUAAAUUAUUGUUUAUGAAUGUAUAUGGCAAUAAGCAACUGUUUUUAAUUUUUAUAUAUAAAAGUUAGAUACCCUCUAAAUUCGGGGUAGGCCUUCACUGAGAGAAUAAUGGACGCUGUUAUCAUGAUCAUUAUUAAAAAGAAAACCACGAUAAAUAAA